CAACCUAGCACCCACUCCUCAAUCAUAUACAUAUAUUUCUCUCUCUCUCUCUCUUUCUCAUACCAAACUUGGGUUUGUAUCAUAUAUUUUCAACACAUUAAUCAUUCUAGCUUGCUCAUAAAGCCAACAAGGUCCAAUAUAACUGGCCCAUUUUCAUGUUUUCAAUUUCACGCCCAUAAUAACAACGACAUUAUUCUCCUAUUUAUCCCAAACCUUGGCACUGUUUUCUCAAGCAAGUUUAUGAAGGGAUAAUGAAAGAUCGUGCAGAAAGAUUUGUGGUUCUUCCAUUCUCCAUUGGCUGCACUUCUGAUACAAGCGUUGCUCUUGCCACAACAAGUCAACCACCCAAGAAACCAAAACCAGAAUCAAAUCCUCCUGCAACAAGAAGACAAGAAGGAGAAGAAAAUUCAUGUAGAUCAAAAAUGAAGAGUUCUAGUUUCUUGGCUCUGCCAAAGCCCAACAUAGCUGGUGGUAUAAUACAUCGAGUGAUCAGGAGCAUCAAAAGUUUUUCUCAAAUCUUUGUUUACAAAGAAGAGAUUGGAGAAAUGGAAAAGGAAAUGGAGAUUGGAUAUCCAACAGAUGUGAAGCAUGUAACACACAUAGGAUUGGAUGGGUCUACAACUACUAACCCAAUAAAGGGUUGGGAAAAUCUCAAAAACCCUGAAAUACUUUCUUUCCCAUCAAUUUCUUUAAGGCAAUUCGAGCUGGCCAUGGCAGCACAGACUCAUGAACCUCUUGUUGUUGAUCCCUCAAAGUUUAGUUGAACACUUGAACGUGAAAUGAUGAUUAUGAUGAUCUCACUCCUCCUUGUCCUCUAAUGGUAGAUACAAAUUUGAUGAUUUCAUUAGGUCUCUGGUGAAGACAAGUAUAGUACUCUGAAAAAUCACAUGGGUGUUGUUCUCACUUCUUUCCAAAAAGCUAGCUAGGUGAUGAGAUUAUUGUUUCUUGUAGAGAUUUUGCAAUCUGAUUGUAAGGAUUUACUUGCUUCAUCCACUGUUUGUCUUUUAACAGCUGGAGGGUCGUCAUAAUUCAGCCCUGCAUUUUGUUUUUUUAUUUUAUUUUUUGUUGUUUUUAAUAUAUAAAUGAUUUUGAUUUA